AUGGAAAAGGUGAUGACGGGACUCACAGUGGCCGCUGGACUGAGGGGUCGCAGAUGUGAGGGAGGCUUGUUACCGCUGUGUGGUCAGGUGCACUUCCAGUCGCAGCCGUCCGUCCUUCUGUCCAUCUUUCAGCUCCCUGUGGACCUUCAGCUAUGUGGCGCGUCUGUCACUGAGGCAGGCCCCUGUUUGAGCCUGCACCAUCUGGACUGGGUCACCCUGUGGCUGCGACCACACGGGACGCGCCGACUGCCCCGGCUACAGUUAGAAUGCACUAUGGGAGCUUUCCUGGUAAACAACCCCAUGCCCUCCUCGCACUUCUUUUCCAUGUCUCUUGAGAGCAAGAGCUGA